AUAUGAUUCUGGAUCAGCAAGUCGCAUCAGGGCAGCUCAGUGAAGAUGUCCGCCAUAGAGUUCACGAAGCACUUUUGAAAAGGCACUAUCACCAAAACCAAAAGAAGCUCAGCAACAGAAUCCCAAUUGUGCGCUCAUUUGCUGACAUUGGCAAGAAACAGUCAGAGCCUCACUCCAUGGAUAAAAAUGCAGGUCAGCUGGUGUCUCCGCAGUCUGCUCCUUCCUGCAUCGAACCUAAGACUGACGUCAGCAGGGAAAACAGCACUUUAGAUGUUACCAAGUUUGACUUGCAUUUCAUGAAGAAGAUCCCGGCUGGAGCCGAAGCAUCAAACAUCCUAGUCGGUGAGCUGGAAUUCCUGGACCGCGCUGUAGUCGCUUUUGUUCGUCUUUCUCCUGCAGUCCUGCUUUCUGGCCUUACAGAAGUGCCCAUUCCGUCCAGAUUUUUGUUCAUACUUCUGGGGCCGCUUGGAAAGGGACAGCAGUAUCAUGAGAUUGGGCGCUCAAUUGCUACAUUGAUGACAGACGAGGUAUUUCAUGAUGUUGCGUACAAAGCUAAAGAUCGUAAUGAUUUGGUCUCUGGAAUAGAUGAAUUUCUUGACCAAGUCACAGUUCUUCCUCCAGGGGAGUGGGAUCCUUCAAUACGUAUUGAACCACCAAAAAACGUCCCAUCACAAGAAAAGAGAAAAACUCCUGGUGUGCCUAAUGGGACGGCAGCACUAGGGGAGUCAGAAGAACAUGAGGGUCACAGCGGGCCUGAGCUACAAAGGACUGGAAGGUUGUUUGGGGGCUUGAUCCUAGAUAUUAAGAGGAAAGCUCCUUUCUUCUGGAGUGACUUCAGGGAUGCUUUUAGCCUGCAGUGUUUAGCUUCAUUCCUGUUCCUGUACUGUGCGUGCAUGUCCCCUGUUAUCACAUUCGGUGGUCUUCUUGGAGAGGCAACUGAAGGUCGUAUAAGUGCAAUAGAGUCUUUAUUCGGAGCCUCAAUGACAGGGAUAGCGUAUUCCUUGUUUGGUGGACAACCCCUUACCAUUCUGGGCAGUACAGGACCAGUGCUGGUGUUCGAAAAGAUUCUGUUCAAAUUUUGCAAGGAAUAUGGGCUUUCGUACCUCUCACUGAGAGCGAGCAUCGGUCUCUGGACGGCUUUUAAUUGUAUAGUCCUGGUGGCCACUGAUGCGAGUUCCCUGGUGUGUUACAUUACACGGUUUACUGAGGAAGCGUUUGCGGCUCUCAUCUGCGUCAUUUUCAUUUACGAGGCCUUAGAAAAGCUGAUUCAUCUAGGUGAGAACUAUCCAAUCAACAUGAAUAAUAAUUUGGAACUACUAACACAGUAUUCGUGCAGUUGUGCGGAGCCCACUAGCCCUAGUAAUGAGACUUUGAAAUAUUGGGAUGAAGCCAAUAUAACCACAUCAGAGAUAACCUGGAACAACCUGACUGUUAGUGCAUGCAAGGAAUACAAAGGAGUUUUUGUGGGUGAUGCCUGUGGGCAUGAAGGCCCAUACGUUCCCGAUGUCCUGUUCUGGUCAAUCAUCUUAUUCUUUUCCACUGUUACACUUUCAUCAACCCUGAAACAGUUCAAAACCAGCAGAUAUUUCCCAACAAAGGUUCGUUCAAUUAUCAGUGACUUUGCUGUGUUCCUUACCAUAAUGUCAAUGGUUCUUAUAGAUUAUGGCCUUGGAAUUCCAUCUCCAAAGCUUCAGGUUCCCAGUGAUUUCAAGCCCACCAGAGACGACCGAGGCUGGCUUGUAAAUCCCUUAGGACCAAACCCUUGGUGGACUGUGUUGGCAGCCAUUAUUCCCUCUCUGCUAUGUACCAUUUUGAUCUUUAUGGACCAACAAAUCACAGCUGUCAUCAUUAAUAGAAAAGAACACAAGUUGAAGAAAGGCUGUGGUUAUCAUCUCGAUCUUCUCAUGGUUGGGGUUAUGCUUGGUGUUUGCUCUGUGAUGGGAUUGCCCUGGUUCGUUGCUGCCACUGUCCUGUCCAUCACACAUGUCAACAGUCUGAAGCUGGAAUCUGAGUGUUCCGCUCCAGGAGAGCAGCCUAAGUUUUUGGGAAUCCGGGAACAAAGGGUGACGGGACUCAUGAUCUUUGUUCUUAUGGGGUCAUCUGUGUUUAUGACAAGGGUUCUUCAGUUUAUUCCUAUGCCCGUUCUUUAUGGCGUCUUUCUCUAUAUGGGUGCCUCGUCACUAAAGGGAAUUCAGUUCUAUGAUCGAAUCAUGUUGUUCUGGAUGCCACCAAAACAUCAGCCAGACUUCAUCUACUUGAGACAUGUUCCCCUGCGGAAGGUCCAUCUAUUCACCGUGUUGCAGCUGACUUGCCUUAUACUGCUAUGGGUCAUCAAAGUAUCUCGGGCAGCCAUUGUAUUUCCUAUGAUGGUCCUGGCAUUGGUGUUUGUAAGGAAACUAAUGGACUUUUUCUUCACGAAACGGGAGUUGAGUUGGUUAGAUGAUUUAAUGCCUGAAAGUAAGAAAAAGAAGUUGGAAGAUGCAGAAAAAGAGGAAGAACAAAGUAUGCUUGUGUUGGAAGACGAAGGGACAGUUCAGUUACCAAUGGAAGAGAAUUGCAGAGAGGACCCAUCAGUAAUAAACAUUUCUGAUGAAAUGGCAAAAACCUCUGUGUGGAAGACUCUGCUAAUAACCUCAGAAAAUGCAAAGACUAAGGAAUCCAGCUUUUCUUCUAAAAGCACGCAAGCGAGGAAAAGAAAAAUCCCUCCAGAACUCCAAUUCAUAAUCAAACCAGCCACUGCUUAUAAAGGGAGUGAUUGCAAUGCGGCUAACAACACCAGAGAAUUUUUCAAAGUGGCUAAAGAACUAGCCAAUUCUAGAUGUAAGAUUGCAACGACGGAGCACUCUCAAGCACUGUGCCAGCAAAUGGCCGACUACUUUGCUGAAAAAAUCCAGAAACUUAGGGACAAUAUCCCUAUGUUUCAUAGGACGGACGAGACACUUUCUUCUUCACUCUCAACCUUACCCUAUUCCCUCACAGAAUUUCAGCCCAUCUCUGAGGAGAGAACGAUUGAAAUCAUUGGAGCUCUUAGAUCCUCCUCCUCGCCUCUAGACCCAUGCCCGGCUGCCGUGGUGAAGUCCGCCGCGGUUGCAAUGGCACCAUACAUUCGAGACAUUAUAAAUAGUUCAGUUUCCAGCGGUCAGGUGCCGGCUAUUCUGAAGCAGGCAGUGGUAACACCCCUGCCUAAGAAACCGGCGCUACCUGUGACCGAUCUGAGUAACCUUAGACCAAUUUCGGGACUGCCGUUCGCUGCAAAGAUAGGCGAGAGGGAGGUUGUUGCACAACUACAGGGAUAUCUGGAGGCCAAUCACAUUCUUGACAACUUCCAGUCGGAAUUCCGACCCGGAAGGGGUACUGAGACCGCUCUGGUCAAUGUCCAGGACGAUCUACUGAUGGCAUUAGACCAGAACGACUCUAUGGUCCUAGUCCUUCUGGACCUAUCAUCCGCUUUUGACACUAUUGACCAUCAAGUGUUACUGAACCGGUUGAAAGUGGUAGCCGGAUUAAAUGGAAAGGCCUUGGCAUGGAUAGUCUCAUUUCUCAGGACAGGGUACAACGAGUGA